AUGCUCGACGAGAAGCACGCACCCCCGACCAACUUCGUCCCCUCACACGCCGACAACAACGUCUACAGCUAUGGCCGCAUGGGAGAGCACAAUCUGGUGAUCGCAUCACUUCCUCCUGGUGUUCAUGGGACGACAUCCGCUGCUACCACUGUCUCACAGAUGCUCUCGUCUUUUCCAAACGUCAGGAUCUGA